CAGCUGGAGCCGGCCCUCGCGUACCGGGCCCUUACUGGCACCUCUGAUCCAUCAGAAGGGGCUGGCUUUUGAGCCCUCACUUGAGAGGGCCUGAUGCGCAGCUCCAAGUCUGCAGCUCCGGAGGACGGGGCUCCCUCGCCCGCACCUGUUCCCCCCAGUCACGUACUGUGCCGUGAGGUUCUUGCAGAAUCAAGUCCUGCCCGCUAUGGCUUCAUUUGGAGGUGGUUUGAUGAAAUCUUUACCCUGCUAGAUCUUCUGCUCCAGCAGCAUUAUCUGUCUAAAACCAGUGCCUCAUUUUCUGAAAAGUUUUAUGGCUUAAAACGGAUUGUGAUGGGGGAUACACACAAGCUUCAGAGAUUGGCCAGUGCUGGUCUCCCAAAGCAGCAGCUUUGGAAGUCAAUUAUGUUCCUGGUUUUUCUUCCUUAUCUGAAAGUGAAGCUGGAAAAACUGGUUUCUAGCCUGAGAGAAGAUGAAUAUUCUAUCCAUCCCCCUUCUUCCUGUUGGAAACAAUUUUACAGAGCCUUUCUGGCAGUCUACCCAUUUGUUAACAUGGCCUGGGAAGGCUGGUUUCUUGUUCAACAACUUCAAUACAUCCUAGGAAAGGCACAACAUCACUCACCACUGCUGAGUCUGGCUGAAGUUCGGCUAGGUCAACUUACAGGUCAGGACGUAUAAGCUCUGUAGCACAAACCAGCUAAAGCCAGCAUGAUGCAGCAACCAGCCAGGAGGUAAGGCCUUAGCAUUUCCCCAAACCCUUUGACCAAUAAAUUCCAAAAUCUUAGACUAAUUUCAUGAAAUUCACCUGUCUCAGUCCCCUUUAAGUAUUUCAUAUAUCAUAUGAAUAAUUUCAGAGAAAAAUCAUUGUGUCCAUAAUACAAGGAUUGCCAUCCUGGCAACCUUCCUCACCAUACUAGCUACAGUUUUUCGACACUUGCGUUGUGCCAGCCCCGUGAUAGAUGUUUGCUUUACAUACAUCAUCUCAAUCCUCAUCACAAUCCAACGAAAUAAAUUAAUUAAUCCCAUUUAAUAGUUGAGGAAACUAAUCCCUAACAGUUAAACACCUUGCCAAGGCCACAAAACUAGGUGGCAAGAGCUGAGAUUCAAGCCAGAUCAACAUAAUUCUCAAGACUGCCCUUAACCAUGAUGCUGUACCUCUUCUAGUUAGUGUUUGUGUUCUACCUACAAGUUCAGAUAUAUAUUCCUCAAUAACUGCUAAGUUUUUGUUAAAUGAAUUGCUGUUUUUUCUGGAUAUACUAUCUUUCACCCCAAAAAAGUCUAUAUAAUCAAUGUCUCACUAAUUUCUUUCUUGAAACACAAAACAAAACCCUAAAACAUUAAAACAAAGCUUAGCUCCUAUACUCCUAAAAUACUUAAGUCAGAAAGAGAGAGUCCUUUAGAUCCUUUAGGAGACAAUGCCAAUCUAGCAACUAUUCAGUCCUCAAAUUGAAUCAGUGAUUCUAAUGAAAAGUAUAAAAUGAAGAACUACAUUUAUAUUAGUCACUUGUUGAUCAUACCUGAGUAAACAGUUUCUCCUUUUGCCCCCUUGUUCUAUUGUCCUAACAGUG